ACCGGACGUGAACGUGAACGGCCGUUGAUUGGAGAAUUGAUCUGCAUAGUCAUUAAAGCCAUCUUUUGUGCAGUAUUACGACCACAUUUAAAACGCAGUCGUGCUCAUUUACAGCGACAGAGUCAACUGGCGUGCAUUUGGUUGUUUUGACCGUAACAUUACUGUCGGUGUAAAGAAAAUAGGAAUAAAAAAGUAGCUGACGUCAGCGUUAACCUAAUGCGCUAGCUAACGGUCGCUGCUGCAGUUGUCCUUCUUUCUCCCGGUUGUCUCCGCUCUGGUGCCGCUAUGUGCGGCCCCCUUCUCCCGCUGCUGGUCGUCGUGCUGUCGGCUUGGUCGGGUGUCGGAGACCCGGCGGGAUCUGCUCAUGUCGACGGAGCUCCGCCGUCUAAAAUAGCGGUGGUCGGGGCGGGGAUAGGAGGCAGUGCCACGGCCCAUUUCCUGCGGCAGCACUUUGGCUCUGAGGUCCAAGUAGACGUGUUUGAGAAGGGGGCGGUCGGAGGCCGACUUGCCACUGUAACCGUUAAUCACAACGACUACGAGUCUGGAGGUUCCAUCAUUCACUCCCUCAACCUCCACAUGCAGGAGUUUGUCAAACAGCUAGGUUUGAAGUACCGACGCAGUGUGGCGGGUAAGACCGCAGUGUUUAACGGCGAGGAUAUGAUUCUGGAGGAGACCGACUGGUACCUGUUGGACCUGUUUCGACUGUGGUGGCGCUACGGCAUCAGCUUCAUACGCCUUCAGAUGUGGGUGGAGGAAAUUAUGGAGAAAUUCAUGCGGAUCUACAAGUACCAGGCCCACGGCUAUGCCUUCAGCUCGGUGGAGGAACUAUUGGACUCUCUUGGGGGGAGUGGCUUCAUCAACAUGACCCGGAGGCCACUCUCUAAUUCCCUGCUGGAGCUGGGUGUAUCGCAGCGUUUCAUCGACGAGGUCAUCGAGCCGGUCAUGAGGGUCAACUACGGACAGAAUGUCAGCAUCCCUGCCUUUGUAGGCGCUGUGUCUUUAGCUGGUGCCCAGAACAACCUGUGGGCGGUGGAAGGAGGCAACAAGCUGGUAUGUUCUGGCCUGCUGAAGAUGGCCAACGCUAACCUGCUGCAAGCACAAGUCAGCUCCAUCUCGCCCGUCUACACAGGGGAGGUGCCCCAGUACCAGCUGAGCUACACUACAGCGUCAGAGACGGGAUCGGAGCUGUAUGACAUUGUAGUGUUGGCGACGCCGCUGCAGGCCAGUGUCAGGUCUGGGAUCCGGUUCCAAGGUUUCACCCCUGCCUUUGAGGAGCUCCCCGGCAACUAUCACAGCACUGUAGCAACCAUUGUCCAUGGUUACCUCAACACCUCUUUCUUUGGUUUCCCGGACCCUCGCCUUUUUCCCUUCGCCAGCGUCUUGACAACUGAGACACUCGACCUGUUUUUCAACAGCGUGGCAAGUGUUUGUCCUGUCAACAUCUCGACUGGCUUCCGGCGUAAGCAGCCACAAGAGGCUGGAGUCUACAAAGUGUUCUCACCACAACCUCUGGACAAGGCUCAGCUCAAAACACUGUUCAGGUCGUACUACUCCGUGCAGGUGACAGAGUGGCAGGCCUACCCCUGUUACGGCAGCAACCAGGGACUGUCGCCUGUGGAGCUCCACCCCAAUCUCUACUACCUCAACGGCAUUGAGUUGGCUGGCAGCGCGAUGGAGAUGAGCUCAGUAGCGGCCAAGAACAUCGCCCUGCUGGCUUACCACCGCUGGAACAGACAGACGGACAUGGUGGACCAGAAAGAUCUGAUGCACAGGAUCAAAACUGAGCUAUGACCUGGUCAACUGAAAACCUGAUAGCAUCCCAAAGCCCAUGUCCGUAUUAAGGUGCUACAUUUUACAGUUUGACUGAAGUUUCUCCUGGCAAAGUAUAUUAAGACGCAUCUAAGUAAUACAACAUACAUUUAAUAGACUAAAUACAUGAGUAAUUCGUUGAACAUAAUCCUAUCCUGCCUUAUCCUCAAUAAACUUAAACAUACAAAAGAAAAACAAGUAAGUAUCAAAGUCAAGUCUAAAACUCAUUUUAUUCACACCCCGAAAGAAAACUGGUCCUGCGCUACCUUUCAAAGACCAGUUUGAUUUCGCUGAUUGCUUUGUUUUCUGUGCCAGAAACAUUGCAGAUAUGAGGCAUUUUUCAGGACUGGUUGCAAAUGCUAGUUAGUGGUUUCAUCCAAAUAAAUCAGCUGCAGGAAGCUUUUCUUUGCCAAGAAAUAAGGAAACUAAGCAACUAUGGGUGUUAUGGGGUAGCCGCAGGAACUGGACCCAAACGCCGAAGAUUUGUCAAAAGGCAACUUUAUUGCUCAAUCCAAGCAGGAGAAUCAAAAAGACGGACUCACACACGUGAUCUGUAGCGAUCAAAACAAGACGAACUGACCAAGGGGAAUGACACAAACAGGGUUUAAAUACUGCUGGUGCAGGUGAUUGGACACAGGAGGAAACAAUCAGGGACAUGGCAGACAAUCACAGGGACAGGAAGUGCAGGGAAACAGAGGACACGAGAGACGAGGACUUCAAAAUAAAACAGGAAACACAACUCCAGAUCCUGACAAUGGGGAAAACACCAGCUAAUAUGUAUCUCAGUCGGAAGUGAAUGGACUGAGGAGUCGCCGUCUUCUUGAGUUGCUGGUGGUGGGAAUGAACACCAGUUAAUAAGAGUACCAGUUUAAGGUCACUGGUGAUGCUCUGUGUAAAUACAAACAUGCUGUGGUCAAAUCACAAAAACACUCAAUCAAGAUUGAGAGCAUUAAUGAGACUCUUGUAAAUGAUUGCUUUAGUCUGAGAUAUGUGAGACAGAUCAGUGAUUUAACUGCCUCCGGGCACAUAAACCAGCUCUCUGUCAUAUAAUCAAAAACAACUGCAGCCCUGCUAUUACUGUCUAUACAUUUAGGGACCGUUCCUGGACUUGCUGCUGGCCCAAAUCUCUUUUAAAUUGAUUUCUGAAGGAUGUGUAAAUUAAUAAAAUCCUUAUUCCGUGACUCACGGCAUUGGCCACUGGUGCUAUGCUCCCUUUAAGACUAUUUCAUUAUCUCCCUUUGCUUCUGCUUUUGUUGCAUAAUCCAGUGGAAAUAUUUUUUCCGGGGAACAGAGCCAACAAGCUUUCACAUUGGACCAAAUGAAAGCAGAGGACAGAUCCGUGCCACUGCUGGUGGUAAUGAUGACCUUUUCAUCCCAAGCCCUAAAGCUUUAUUGAGAUGCUACAUUUAAUAAGCGCUGCAAUCUUGUGGCAAGUACCUAAAAAGAUGGCUUGAUAUGAAAACCCUGACUUUUGAUUUCCCUCAAAGGACUGAGAAAUGUCUGGUUUUGUUCAUUUCAAUUUUUUAAAAAGUUGUUUAAAGUGGUUUUGGACUAAAGUGGAUUUCUGGAUUCGGAAAAGCUAAUUUAACUGUCAUCAACUGAAAACUUUGACUCCAGAGGGCUUCAGUUGACAGCUAAUGUGACAAGAAAACACCACAACCCUUUCAUCUGGUGGAAUUUUUUCAACAUUUCACAGUGGCAUUAGAAAUUAUGGUCAAUCCUGAAAUGAAGACAAAUUAAAUCAUCUUUUGGAGUAUUAUAAACCAUCUCAAUCAAAGUUCACUUACUGGGUUUUUGCAGAGCUUUCAACAUCAUCGCAGAAUCCUAAUGAGCUGACGGGCGGAGCAAACUCGGUCCACUAAUGAAGGUCGUGAGAUGUGAUUACUGGUUAGGACGGAGUGGGUCAAGACUUGUAAAGCAACAGAUCUCUGACUGUUGCUUUACAAAUGUAACUUUCUGCUUCGCAAAGCAUGUUUCGACAUAUUUCAUCUGCUGAUGUUUUCAUGAAUGAAGUGCACUAUUUCGACAGUUGAUGAAAUUAAAGUAUUGGAUGGAUUGCUAGGAAUUUUAGUUUUUAAAGAAUACUGAAAACCCACUCUGAUUUAUUUUGGUCAAUCUGGUUGUAUUCCCCGUCUAGUCAUAAUGACUCAGCAGAAGAUUGAUUUGUUGAAAAACUACCAUUUGAGCACUGAACAACAUCUACUUUCUUGCUUGAUUUCAUUUUGCCAGUGUUUGAGUUAUUUUAAGUUUAAUUUUCUUUUACUGGAAUGGGAAUAAAAAAGAAAGUGAAAGUGUC